CUUGUUUACAUUUUUGUCAAAAAUGACAAUUCCAUCCAUCUUUUAACCAAUUCUCUCAACAAAUUAAUUAAAGUUUAAUAAAUCUUCAAAAAUUCUGUGAUAGAGCCUACUUGCGUUUAAUCCGAUUAAAAUUAAUAAAUAUAUCCUCGAAAACCAAAUAUUAGCCAAUGAUCCUUAAUAGUACUAAAAUAAGGUAUAUUCAACCACCAACUGAGUAUGUUCAACAAGGCAGAAGACACAAAAUCGAGCUUUCUGGAGCAGACAAAAGCGGCACGAGAAGAACGCGCAUUAGAGAAGCGAAAGGAGGUCGCUGCGAUAAUAAUUCAAUCAAAUGUAAGAGGAUAUCUUACGCGUACAAGCUUUGUUCGUAACAUUUUAAAAAAUUUUGACGCAAUCGUACCUCAAGUCCCCGAAAAUGAUGCGAAAUCAGCGCUGAUAUCUGCCACUCAAAUUUUCACCCAGGUGAAACUGCUGCUUCUGGUUUUCAACAAGGAACGUGAUAGGGAUCGAUUCGACAAAUUGUGCAGUUACCUAAUCGCCUCUUUGGAAUCGGACUCGCCGAAAGUAAGUUACGUCGGCGUGGCUCUAAGUAAAGACCAUGUGAUGCAAUGGAUCUCCUAUACAAAUGACGUACUUUGGAAAUGCUGUGAUUAUUUAGAGGAAUUAAAGCCUGAGUACGCUAGUGAUAUGAAAACUGUAUUAUUAUAUUUACAUAUGUUAGUUUCGUUUACCAAUACAAACACGUGGGUUGUUUUAAAAGCGAAAAACGUCGAAGUUUUAAAGUUAGGUAUGAACCAAUUAUGUGCCAAUAUAAUGGGGAAGUUAUUCCAUAAAGGAUUCUAUUUGGUUCUUAAGAAUUUACUUGUAAGGGGUCUUGGGCGGCUUAAAGUCGCAUUUAAGCAUGCGUCUCUUUCAGCAAUUUUAACUUUGUCGCUGCGCCCUUUGGUUGCCGCCGAAUUCUCGGAUAAGUUCAUGAGUAUGUUUUUGAUUCACAUACUGUCAGUGCCUGCAUUGGUGCAACACCUUGAGACGAUUACACCCGAGUGCAUAACCGUUUUAGUUAAUUACAGUAUUUUUAAUAAGAGCUUAGAGCUGUUAGCUAGUCAACAAUCGAUGCGAAUCGUUUUUAAUACACUGGAGGGCAACUACGCUUUAUGUCUACUUGCCAACCUCAUUCACCUGGCAUAUAUUGAGCGAGAAACUGUUUUAAAAGAAGUGGCCUUUCCAUGUUUUACGGUCGUGAUCACAGGUCUACUGGAAAGCUGUCAACACUACGUCGUCACAAAGCAGUCCAAUUUAACACACUGGCAUCCAGUUUUAGGCUGGUUCGCUCAGUCGAUGGAUCCCGAAUUGCACGCCGCCAUGCCUCACGUCAAAACACAGCUGCAUCUCUUGUGGAAUACGCAGAUCGUUUCAAUUUUAAUCGGGAAGUCAUUGGCGGAAUUAGUAAAAGACGUCGAAUCGCCUCAAGCUGCUACAUCUUCACAGAAUCGUACGAAUCCGAAUUUUUUUAAGCGAGCCAUUGAGGCUCGUGUGAAUCGGGCGAAUGUACAGAAAUCAUAUAGGGCACUGGGUAGUCCAGAAGUGCAUAAGAUUGUUCUGUUGUGUUCGCUAUAUUACACUGCGCUAAAUACUUUGACUCAACUAAGGUUAGAUAUAUUAACAGGUUUAUGUUAUCAAGAUAGAAUCUUGUACGACUUAUGGUUAUUCUUAUGCUCACUAGGACCAAAUUGCGGACUAAAGAUAUUUUUAGAUCACUUAGCUAUCAAUACAAAAUGCACUGCCCCCGAAUUUCAAAUGCUACAAUUGUUUGCAGAAUGUAUGACGCACUACAUCACAAUUUUGGACGACAUGGAAAUGUACGAGCAGCAAAACCCAUUUAAGCUUGGCGAUUUUGUGACGGUAUCUAGCUUUUUAAACUUGUUCCUCUACAACGGAGUUCUAGGGAAUUUAUUCGGUAAUGACCGGCGUUUUGAGGAGCGGUUGGUUUAUAUCCAGUUUACAGAUUUGAAGACGGUGCAAUCGAAUUCGUUGUUUCAGUCAUUUCACACGUUGCUUAUGGUACUGUACAAGAGAGAUUGUAGACGGAAUUACACACCGCAAGGCCACUGGCUAAUUAAGGAAGUCAAAGUUUCGACUUUUAUGGCCGACUUGGAUAAGGGCAGGAAAAAACCGCAAUUACUACUGCAGACGAUGCCGCAUAUCAUACCGCACGAAGACAGAGUUCGGCUAUUCCGAAAGUACAUAACAAAUGAAAAGACAGUUUUGGGCUUGACUGAGUCUGCGUGCGCAUCUCCUCAGUCCACACUCAUUACUGUGCACAGAUCUAGAAUAGUGGAAGAUGGCUAUCGGCAGUUGGCAUUAUUACCGCCACAAGGCUUGAAAGGUGUAAUCCGGGUAAGGUUUAUUAACGAGCAAGGUCUCGACGAGGCGGGAAUUGAUCAAGAUGGCGUUUUUAAAGAAUUUUUAGAAGAAAGUAUUAAGAAGAUAUUUGAUCCCUCCUUGAAUUUAUUUAAAGUCACCAGCGAAGAACGGUUGUACCCAUCGCCGACCUCCUACCUGCAAGACAAUCACUUGCAACUUUUUGAAUUUGUCGGGCGCAUGCUCGGAAAAGCGGUUUACGAGGGAAUUGUGGUGGACGUACCUUUCGCCUCCUUUUUUUUAAGUCAAGUGCUGGGACAGACGACUCAGGCUUUGUAUAGCUGUGUUGACGAAUUGCCUUCACUCGACGAGGAGCUGUAUCGUAGUUUGAGUUAUGUGAAGCAUUACAAGGGUGAUGUGUCUGAACUGGACCUUACAUUUAGUGUGGACGAGGAUUGCUUGGGAAGGCUUGUCACGCACGAAUUAAUUCCGGGAGGGAAAGCUAUGUCUGUUACGAAUGAAAAUAAAAUUAAUUAUAUUCAUUUAAUGGCCCAUUUUCGAAUGCAUGUCCAAAUUAAAGACCAAACUGCCGCAUUUAUUCGUGGAUUUCGGUCCAUCAUUAGCUUGGAUUGGUUAUCAUUAUUUUCAACACCCGAGCUGCAAAGACUAAUUUCGGGUGACAAUGUGCCUUUGGAUAUGAAAGACUUACGUAAACAUACACAAUAUUAUGGUGGCUUUCACGAUUCGCACCGUGUUGUCGGUUGGCUAUGGGACGUACUGGAUAAGGAUUUCACAGAAUCAGAAAAGGGAAUGUUCUUAAAGUUUGUUACCAGUUGUUCCAAACCCCCUCUUCUGGGAUUUGCCCACUUAGAACCUCCGUUUUCGAUACGUUGCGUCGAAGUUGGAGAUGACGAAGACAACGGUGAUACGAUAGGAAGUGUAAUCAGAGGAUUUUUCACGAUACGGAAACGCGAUCCACAGAACCGACUGCCGACGUCGUCCACAUGCUUUAAUCUUCUCAAACUACCCAACUAUCAGAAAAAGAGCACGCUGCGUGAAAAAUUAAGAUAUGCCAUUAGCUGUAACACAGGAUUCGAGUUAUCCUAAUUGCUUCGAUGUUGUUAACUGGAAUUGAAUGUUUAUAAUGUAUCAUAUCAAUUUUUGUAUGUUUAUAGUGUAAAUUUACUGUUGGUAAAUUGAUUGGUGUGUUAAUGUUUGUUAACAUUAAUGUUUCGAUGUGCAAUAUUAAUAAAAAAUGAAGGAUGGUUUUUGAAA